AUGGUUGGUUUUUAUCAGUCUAUCUUGGUCAUUGCCUUGGGAGCUUGGGGUUCAGCAGCGGACUCCCUAUUCAACAUCAACAUUGACGUUUCUCAGGCCGAGCGAUUGUGUGAGGCUCACAAUACUACUGUGCGGAAAGAAUGGGGAGAGUUGAAGAAAGCCGAGCGGAUCGACUACAUUGAUGCGGUAUUGUGUAUGCAAGGGAAGCCUCAGCAUCUUCCAAGAGAAGAGUACCCGGGAGUGCAGAACCGGCUCGACGAUUUUGUGGCCACCCAUAUCAACUACACACUCAAUGUUCACCUUAGUGGUCUGUUCCUCCCGUGGCACCGUCACUUCCUCUGGCUCUGGGAGUCAGCCUUGCGAGACGAGUGUGGUUACUCUGGAAGUCUCCCGUACUGGAACUGGCCCUUAUGGUCAGAGGACCUGAAGGCCAGCCCUCUCUUCGACUGCAGCGACAGCUCCCUCUCCGGCGACGGCGAACACAACCCAGGCGAACAAAGCAUCUCCGGUGGCGCAGUCACCAUACCACGUGGAUCGGGCGGCGGCUGCGUGCGAUGCGGACCCUUCAAAGACAUGCAAAUCCACAUGGGACCCUUCGCCCGCAAUCUCAUCUCAAUCGACAAGCUCCCCGCUCCAGGCUUCGACUACAACCCGCGCUGCCUCAAUCGAAGUCUGAACAAUUUCGUCAGCAGCAACUACGAUAACGAAACCAUUGUCGACCGACUCCUGGCCGCGACAAAUAUCUCCGAUUUCCAAACAGUCAUGGAUUAUUGGCCUGCACGGCCGGACGGAGUCCUGGGCGUGCACGGUGGCGGGCAUUUCAGCCUCGGAGCCACGCUCCAAGACCUCUUCACGUCGCCACAAGACCCAGCCUUCAUGCUGCACCAUGGUAUGAUCGAUCGAUUAUGGGGUAUGUGGCAGGCCAAGGAUGAGGAUCAUCGUCGGUUCGCACUCAAUGGUACAAAUAGACUCUCUAAUCCGCCGUAUGCGCCACUUGUCACCGUGGACAUGGUCAUGGAAUUCGGUCUUCUUGAUCGGGCCAGACCGGUCGGUGAAGUUAUGGAUCCGACUAAGCACCAAUAUUGUUAUUCGUACAGCUGA